AUGGAGGACUCUAGUCCAGUUGAAAAGAAUCCAAAUGACAAGGAUGACGAAAGCUUUUAUAAAGAGGGGGAUGUCGUGCUUGCUGUAAGCCGAGAACCACGGCAGCAUGCUUCACGGGAGGAGCUUGAUGCUCCCGCACCUUGUGCAUCUCCCGGAACCAAACGGACAUUUACUAUUCUGGCUCAUCCAGGCAUGCCCGCGGCAACCAUGAUAACCGGAAGAGCGCCAGUGGAGAAAGCAAGUGUUCUCUCAGGACUUAGUUUUAAAAUGCCCGACCUUGCGACCGUGCCGGUAUCCGGCUUGGCCAUCCAGGGCACGACUGCAAGCCCUGCAACCUUCGAACCAACGAAGCCACCGGAAGGCAAGCCAGAAAUCGUGCCGACCGCUACUACAGUUAGCCAUGGAAUUUUCGACGAUGCGGAUGACGAAGAGGAUGCCUCAAUGCCGCUUUCGACCCUCAAGCCUAACAAAUCGAAUUCGUUUUUGGAAUUGCAAACGCAGAAUUUUCCUAUGAAGAACACUGCACCUAUGGACGUCGACGAGAAGGUGCGGGAGGCUCCACGCUCCGAUCUAAUGAGCAUUGUUUUGGGAAAAAGCCCAGCAAGGAAACGGGUAGCUGAUUCUUCUCCUGGUCCGAUAUCACUUCCGAUACCCGAAUUACCACCGAAGUCGUUUGAGGCUGAUGUAGUCGAGCAACCGACAAAGCGCCGCCGAAAGAGUGCCACCCAGAAGAAGCUGUUGGUAGCCAAAAAGGAGCGAGACGCAGCCCAAAAACUGCUUUGCGACAAGUUCGAUCUUCGCGAUUUUCUACCUGAGGAGGUCUGCAAAUUUUUAGGGUGUAACUUUUGGAUAUUUACGGUCGAUCAGCUUCGGUGUGUGCUAAAAUCGAGUCAUGACGACGAAUAUCUUGCCCGGCAAGCCAAGGAGAUUCGAAAAGAGAUCGUGGAAUUACUCAAGAAAAAAGACGGCAUUUCGUCUACCGGCAAAGGACAGAACGCAACGGGACCGAUGGAUCAUGGAGAGAAUAGUACAAAAACAGCAAGUACUCUUCCGACUACUCAGAUUACGAACAGACAGCAAAAUCACGAUGGAGGCAACGGAACCAUGGAAAAGGAUAAAGCCGAACAAAACAAAUUUGAAAAUGCCGGAUCAGUCCAAGCUCCCGAUGAAACAGUCUCGCUCGCUGGUCCAAAUGUUGAAGCCGAAUCGACUUUGCGAGGAUGGCUAACAAUGUUGCCGGCUGGCAAUGAGAGCAGUGCGACCCAAGUGGCGAAACGAUUUCCUUUAGAUGGGGCGAUUUCAUGCCUCAUUCCUCUGAAUAUUCGCAAUUUUUUUGCAUCGGCUGGAAUAAAAACUCUUUUUGAGUUUCUUUCAAUAAAAAAGACAGAGACCGGAUCAAUUUGCGAUAUUGAGCAAAUGUGGAGAGACCAGUGCAAUCUGAAGAAAAUGCCCGCGGUAGCGCUCGCCAAGCAUCUACUCGGAAUUGGGUCUCGUCUUGAGGCCGCAAUCUCUACUGUCCCUGCGGUUGGAAAAACUGACCAAAAAUGGAUGAAUGACCCAAUAAUUGUGUUAACGGGUGCUGCCCAUGAGUUUCUUGUUGACCGUAUGGGAAUUAAGAGUGGUACCAAUUUCCUGAAUAUGCGAACCAAGGACUUGUCCGUACAACUGGUUUUUUGGCGCAAUAGCAAGGGUUUACCUCCAUUAAAAGGUUCAGGGAAGGUCGCAAUGAUUUCGGGGUGGAAAGCAUCCGUCAAAGAAUCCAUUGAAGUUGAGCAGCUUCCCGGAAAGGUGUUACCCUUUAUUGAUCUAACGGAUCUGCCCCCUGCUGAUCUUCCAGAAGCAAGCUCAGAGCUAAGAUCGGAGGAACCGCGUGGAUAUUCCGGGGCAAAACACAACGUCUCAAAAUCGUCUGUUGUUGUAAUGAAAGAAAAGCUACCUGUUCUGAACAAGCAAGGAAAGUAUGCAUUGCACUCGCCGCUACUUUUAGAAGAAGUCCUUGGGAAAACUCUAACUUCAUUUCUGAAAUCUGCUGGGAUUGACACGGCGGCAAAGUUGUUCGGAGCAAAGCGAACUCCAGAGUCAUUGCUUGGUCGUGCGAUUCGAAAAUCACAAAUUGCGGUUGACGCAGACAAAGCUGUGACUGAAUGGUUGGAUAAAAUACGUGCGGAGCUGAAGCAAUUUGAGCCGUUGCCCUCUCCGCGCCAAGUACGUGCCAAAAGGGCAGUAGAAAAAACAGCAAAAUCUGUGACAGACCCGUUCGAUGCAUUAAGCGCACUUACCAAACGAUUUCUCACGUCGAUGGACAUAUCAAAUGCCGAGCAGUUUCUCUCUGCAAGGACAACCCAUAUCGCGAAUGAAUUUGUCCAGUUCAGAACAAAAGAGGGGAUGCCUGACCUGAAGGGAUUGGGCGCGAUUGCUUCAGUGAGCGGUUGGAAGGCUCAAUGCAGAAAAGUUGCUCGAGAAAUGGGUCUUGAUGCGAUAGGGAAUAUAGAGCCUGACGCAAAAUCCCAAGUCACUCCAACGCUGGCGGCACCCAAUGUUGCGUCCUCAAAGCCGAACGACUACAUCGAUGCUUCUAUGAAACGCUUGCCGGAAACAAAGAAUCUUCCUUUUCAUCCUGAUGUCAUUUUCGGUGCUCCUAGGCAACCAUUUUCAGUUCAGGCAACCCAAGCAAUGGGAAAUGUGCGUUUUCUCUUCCAUUUGUCGGUUCGGACUGAAGCGAGUAGCUCUCAGUUAGGUCUCUUUCUAUGCUAUGAUGGUGCAUCCAGUGGAGAAGUUGACGUCACAGAGAACUGCGCUGCUAUUGUGGACAAUAUCGCUGGGUCUCAGUCCUCUGCGAUCGUACUGCCCGUACUCCGUGAUGGCUCUUCGAAAGUCGCAUCAACUACAGAAAUAGUGGAUCAUCGUUUCACGUUUAGAACUGCAAAGGAAGGUUGUGGCUUGAUCCGGCUGAGAAAACACGGCGUUCGGCCAUUUCAAGACCAGGAUCUCAGCUUGUUAAAGGAAGAGAUAAGAUCUUUCCUAUUUUCGGGCAACACUGACCGACCAUGCGAAGCCCCAAAAUAUGAUCCAUACAAUAUUCUGCUAGAACGUGACAGCUUGGGCAAGUACGAUUACCUAUUCUGUACAGACAUCUUUUUUGAAAAAGGACAGAUGUCGCGAGUACAAUUCAUAUCUGUGUCAGAUUUUAUCCGUUCGCGUCGCCACGAAGAGUCCUCGCAACCGUCUCGUCCACUCAUUGACGCCGCGCUAUAUCUGAUAUCAAAUAAAGAUCUUGAAAAUGCAAUCAUUUUUGUCGAAGAAGUAUUAGCUGAGACGACUGAUUUCAACGAGGCCGUUGACAUGAUGUUGGCGUCGGAAUCGAAUACGGAGAGAUUGACACAUUUUGUCGCGGCUGCGAGGCUGAGGCAGAGAGCGGACUGGGUGUUUCGACGGAUCGUGGAUGCAAUGAGUUCUAACUACCGCGAACGCAAAAUGGCGACAACUCGGUACAAACUAUACUUUGGUCGCCGCGCGCUUUUGAAUCACAGCAAGAUCAAGAAUUUGAAGCCCGAGAUCUUGGAACAGUUAAGGACGACGAUUGCAACCGAAAUGCGUAAUGACUUUUUCUCGGGCAUUGGUCUAGAGGGCGUUUAUCGCCAACUUCGACUUUCCUAUUGGUGCCCGUUGGCACAAUCCGCAUUGGAUUGCCUGCUUGAUACGAUCAUAGGACAUUUCGCCAUGACAGAUGGAGCCAACAUUUUGUUCAAUGUUGAAGAAAAGCUUCAAUUAUCCUUUGCGAAACUUUUACAGGAAGAUCCGUGUGUAAUCCACUGUCUCAUCAAUCAACAUGGUUCCAGCAAACAGGAGCUUGAUGGAAGGAUAGUGUGUGUUGACCAAGAAAGCGAGGAAGCAAGGAAUACGACGCUGCGUACACAAGUUGACGUUGAAAACGGUACUUCCAAAAUAUGUACACAUUGGUACCUAAACCUACUAUGGCAAGUGGCGAUUGUCGUUAUCUCCACCUUUGGCAACUUGUAUGAAGACAUUGAGUUUCGUAAAGACCGUAUUAUGAAAGCUCUAAAGGGAGUGUUGGAACAACGGACUGAUAUAAAUGAAUCUUUCGGUCCUACUCUCGACAUGUUGAAAUUUGAUGUUUUAGUGCCUCUCCCCCUCAGUGAUUGGAAGUGCUUUACGCCUAUUCCACUCUCUCGCCAAUUCUUUCUUGGUCUGGUCUGGCCGUUACUUCGCAAAUUAGGGUGGCGUUUGGAUGUUGGCCAAACCCCAGAUCACGUAUCAUUUCUCGCCCCGUUUCGAAAUGGUCACAAUGCAAAGAAAUUGAAACAUGCGAAGCACCGUAUGAUCCAGAAGCGAGCUCGUCUUGAAAAAGAAACCAACCACAACGUUGGUCUAGGAAUUUUGUCAAAGUCGACGAAAAGGAUCUGCAUAUCAACUUCAAUUCGGGAAGAGUUCGCUGAAAUAGGCUCCCUUCGAAAAGUAUCGACAAGCAAGGCUUUGGAUUUAUUUGUCGAACACGUGCAAGACAGGUCCAAUGAAGGGAACAUCUUCUACAACAAACAAAUAGAAGACGUCGUCAAUAGUAUUCGCGUUAGUUUUGACGAGCUCGCUCCUUCUCUGGACUCUGUCAGAAAAACUUUGGAUGGUCUGAAGCCUUCUGAGUCGUUGGGGAGUGAGUACCUGUUCCAGUUUCUAUUCAUCUUGCCCAGCAUCCUUCGCCAAUCUAAGAUUCCCAUGCAUCAAUUAGAUGAUGCUAUCGAAAUUGUGAAAGAGCUCAUUGCAUUUUUAACAAACAUCUAUGACGUUGUUCUCGACGAAGAAUUUCAACCGCCCAAAGAAGUAUACGCACAAGACGAGGACAGCUCUGUAUCCACGUUAGCUGCACGGCUGUCAAGCAAGACAGAAGAGGGAGCGGAACGGAAAGGCCCCAUAAAGUCGUUGACUGAGACUGUUUUGGAAGAGGACAAACCAGAUCUUACCGACUUUAUGGUCGUUGUUCUACAGCAAACUAUUCCAAUCCGUGCGACAGAAGAAGACAUGGCAAGGAAAAAUCGUCGUGUUCAAGUUGGUUUUCCAGGUCUCGGUUGUCGGCACUGCACCGGAAGCGGGGCAGGACGAUAUUUUUUUAGUUCAAUUGAUAGCGUAGCCACUGCCGGCACCGUAAUUGAGAAGCACGUGAUGAAGUGUGGUGCUAUCGACGCUGGGAUCAAAGCCAUUGUGGCUGAAGCCAAAACUAGACAUACGGCCCAGCGGAAAAACCAUCCACAAGGACUGCAGCAAAAGUUUUUCAACCGGUUAUGGGACCGUUUGCGUAAUUCCAAGAUUGGAGGUGAAAGCAGUGGGGUGUAUUUCUUUGAGAAAAAAGAUAGUGCGGACGACGCCGAGCAUGGUGAGAUCCUUUCGUUUAGCGAUCACGUUGCAGUGCUUGAUUAUUUACACCAAUCCCCACGGUGGAGAGAACAUGGUGGUGACUUGCUCUCUGCGAUCCACCAGUACUACAACAGUCUCCAAUACGGUAGCAGGGUAUACGGCACGUCAGCUAUGCCCCCAAAUUUCAGUUCUGAAUGGUUGCUGAGCAAGAUUUUGCCAAGGAAAAGAGUUUUCAACAAGGCUGCUAUGCCCGGCUAACAGACCAAGGCAUGUCACAAGCAGAAUAGAAGAACCAAAGAAAUAAAAAAUGAGAACGAUAAUGAACUCUUACAUUAAC